UCUGGUUAUUUCUAGCGCAGAAACACAACGUGAGCAUAGUGCGAAGAGAUUAUUUUACAACAAUGAACGUUGUUAAUUUAUUGUCAACAUUUUCACGGUUAUCUGUGCACACUCUACCCGUCGUUCGAAAUAUAUCAACAUGUACCAGUCCGUUAUAUUUCAGAGUCAGCAGCGCGCUUCUGGGAGAACCGUUGAAAAAGAAGAAAAAGAUGGAUCCUAUGAUUAUUAAGAUGAGAUUGGAAAAGAAAAAGAAAAAGUUAGAAAAGCAAAUUCGUAGGUUGGAGAAGGUUGCCAAACAGUUGAAACCAAUCAGUGAAAUGGAAGUACCACUUAACUUGAUAGAUGAAAAAGAACAGAGGUUACGAAAUCUCCCACCAAUAUCGGCAGAAGAAAUGGAAUCUAGAAUAUUAUUACAAAAGGAAUGGAGUAGAUACAAAAAUAGUCAAUAUUUAGCUGAUAUUCAGAUAAUAGAUUCUAUGCUUUAUUCGCAACAAAAAGCACUUGACGAACUUAGAGCAGAGUCAGAAGAAUUAUAUCAAGAAGCGAUACAGGUGGAUCUGGCGCUUUUACCCUAUGUGACCAAAGGUCCAUCAAAAACACCUCCAAUUGAAAAUUACGACAAUCCUGAUGGAGAAUACGUGAACACUACUCGAAGGUAUGUCGGAGAGGAAUGAAGGAUCAAUCGAUGGUACAGUAAAAAGAGGAAUUUUACUCUGUGUCCAAGAAUUUGUACAAGGGAAGCGUGUAUUUCCAGAUAAUUCAUCGAGAAGCAUAGAUUUGUAUAUAUUUAACAUUAUAUAAAUAUAAUAGAAUGUAAGAAACGA